GUGGUUAAAGUGAUUUAUUAGGCAGCUAUGUAACCAAAAUACUUACGGCAUCAAUGUAUGUGAACAAAAUAGUACUGGCACCAUGUAUGUAUGUGCAUAACAGCUAAGCGAAUAAAGAUUGCCGAGUAACAAGGACGGAGUACGAACGAUGAUGCUUUACCUACCCGGUUGAAAUAAUUAUACACCCAACCAGCUUGAAUCGAUCAUACUGAUAUCCAAUCAGAAUUCGGAAUGGCCAAAACCAAGAAAAACAGGGCCGGCCGCCGGGGCAGAAAGUCCAUAAAAUACGAGAGCCAUGAGGAUGACAUGAAAUGGGAAGUGGAGGAAGACGGGAUCGAAAUGCUGAAAAGUGAGCUCUCGAAAUCGCCGACAGUGCUGAAAACCGUGGCCAGAUAUUCCGACUGCAGCAUUUUCCAUGCAUCUAAGUCCAGCUGCAAGUUCAACGACGACACAAGGCAUCCGAAUAGACCUGAAUAUAUCGAGAUUGGGCCGUACAAGAAAUUUGACACGCCAAUAAUGUCGGAGGAGCACAAGGUUUGGUGUAUGAAUAAAAUGCUAGAAAGGCUGAGGAAGGAAAAGGGUUGGACGGCUGACUUGACCUUGAUGAAGUUGUUUGAAGGUGUGAAACAAGUUGCUGCAAGAGCUAGAAAAUGCUAUGUUGUGCCUCCUAAUGCUGACAAUAAGCUCGCUUUCACACCCGAAGGGUUUGUGAAGAUGUUGGUUCUUGAUGGUUGCUUCAUAGUUGAACUUUUCCGAAGAGAGGGAAGGGUGGUAGUUCCCCCGGAGAAAGACGACCCAUUGAAGAACCAUCCAUGGAUCUGUUCUUUAAUUCGCCGGGACUUGAUCCUCGUCCAGAACCAAGUACCCUUUUUCGUGCUGGAGUGCUUGUUUGAACUUACUUCUUCAAGUUCAACCGUGCCGGCCACUUCCUUGCCCAUGCUGGCCCUUCACUUCUUUAGGCCGACAAAGUAUCCGCUCGAACGUAAGAGGGGUGCUGAUCAUGUUGUGGACGUUAGAGGAGGAUCAUGUUCCGAAUUUCUGGAUCCGCCGGCCAUGAAUGGUGCCAAAACUCUAUUGGAUCUGCUCCGCAUGAGUUAUUUCGUGAAGGAUUAUUACCAGGCUGGAAGGAUGACGCGACAGUGGCCGACCAAAAUACCUUGCAUCUCGAAGCUGAAGGUAGCCGGGAUCGAGGUGAAGUGCUCGAAACACAAAUCAGACAGCUUCCUGGCGGUGCGAUUCAACAAGGGGAAGGGGGUGAUGAAGAUGCCGCCGAUAGAGCUGGACGACUUCAUGUGGACGUUCUUGCGGAACUGCGUGGCGUACGAGAUGCAUUAUGACGAGCUGCUGGGCGACAUGGAGAUGCGGGCGGUGACUUACGUCAUACUAUUGGACUGCCUGAUAGAGACGGAGGAGGACGUGCAGAGCCUGUAUGACGCCCACAUCCUAGCCGGGACGCAUGCUGGCGUGGUGACCAUGGUCAAACAGAUGGGGAAGGAGCUGAGGUUCGACGACGUGGCAUUUUACACGGGUGAUCACUUGAUGCGCCUGUUUCCUGACGUGGACGUGUAUUACAACAAUCCUUGGCACGUUCAACGGACCGCCUUCAACAAAAGAUACUUUAAAUCCCCUUUGUCUGUCAUCUCUCUCCUCGUUACCACCAUCGUCCUCCUUUUGACUAUCAUCCAGACCAUUUACGCCGUUCUCGCUUAUCAUUUCUCGCCACAUGAGCGAGCUAGUGUCGGUGCUCGUCCACCGCAUAAAGCAAAGUAACUAUAAGUGUUAUCGAUAUGGAGUCCAGUGACAGAACCAGAAGAUUUUUUGAAGAGGCGUGAAAAGUCAAUCUUCUCUCUAAUUACUCCACCGAAUGCGCAGGCGCGCAACACCGCAGUUCUUCAAUCUUUCAGAAAUUAAAAAUUCGGGAAUCAGGCUUCCAAGAUCCAGCUAGAGCACAAGACCGGCGGUCGGUGGAAUUUGAAAGGUUAACGCCUUAUUUAUUUUCUGAAGUAAAUUCGAGAGUCAAAAUUUCAGGCAUCGAGUAACUUAACCAGCACUCAGCACAGAGGCGACGAGUCACAUUACUGAUGUUUUGAAUUAUUCAAUUACUGAUAUGUACUCCGUGUUGUUUUGUGAUAGGAUGUCGUUUAUUCCAUCUUACUGUCGUUUCAUUUUGGUUUUUUCCCGUUAUACUUAAAGAAAUGUCGUUGUUUAGCUAAGCGUAUUUUUAAACAAAAACGACAACCGUUCAUUGGCCUGGUUCUUUGAAUUUUUGAAGAUAAGUGUGUUCUUAAACAACGCAGUACAUUUCAG